AUGUGGGCCCGAAAAUGGUCAAAAAUCAAAGGUGUAUUUGGACAUAUUACACCCAUCUGUAAAGAUCUUAAACAAAUAAUGGAUAAACGACAGCAAAAUAUGGUCUCAAUUAGUUUUCUCACAAACGAUCAUAAGAACAUUAUGAAAGAUCUCAACAGAUUGAAUGCAUCGUUUAUGUACAAUCAGACAAUAAAAGAGAUUCUCUUAAGUAUUCAUUAUGAGGAACGCUAUUUCAACGAUUUUAUUGCGUACUGUCGUCGAUUUUUCGGUAAUAAUCCUAUUGAAAUUCAAAAUCUCAGUCAAUUUGAACAAGAAUACCACCAGCAUCCUCCAAUUUGGUGGUAUACUCAUCCUGGUUUUCUUUCUUCAAUGAUGAAUCAACCUUCACAUAUGAUGAAACUAGAUCUUGUUAUUCGCAUGGGAUUUUUCAUUCGUGAUCUUCACAAUAAUAUCGCACAACUUUAUGCACACCAGCAGGCUGUAUUCAAAACGAUGGGAUCAUUUACUGUCUAUCGAGGACAAAAUUUCUCACAGGCAGAAUUCGAUGAAGUAACCAAAAUGAAAGGUGGCUUUUUAUCGUUUAAUAAUUUUUUAUUAACCGAUAAGAAUUAUCAAGCAUCUCUCCAUUUUAUACAGGAUAGUAUACAAACUUCGCUUGGUGUUGGCGUUUUAUUUAUUAUAAAAAUUGAUCCCACUACUCCGUCUACGCCAUUUGCUAAUAUUUCUGAUAUUAGUUAUAUUAAGCAGGACGAAAUUCUCUUUUCCAUGAAUCCUAUAUUUCGUAUUGGUCAGAUCAAACCAAUAAAUAAUAAUCGACUAUGGCAAGUAAAUCUCACACUCACAAGCUAUAGUGAUUCAGAAUUACAUCGUCUAACUGAACAGAUCCGAAUAGAAGCCUAUCCUCGUCUGAAAGGUUGGGAUCGAUUAGGAAUGUUAUUAAUUAAAUUUGAACAGUUCAACAAAGCUCAAGAACUCUACGAUAUAUUGAUUGAUCAAGCAAAAACUGAUUCGGAAAAAGCAGAUGUUUAUCACAUGCUCGGAUGGGUGAAAGAUGGUCAAGGCAAAUAUGCUAAUGCUCUUGACUAUUAUAAACAAUCCAUCGAAAUUAAACAAAAUAUUCUCUUUCCGAUUAUUGUCGAUUUGGCGUCGUCUUACGAGAACGCUGGCACAGUACAUGAGAAACUGUCUGACUAUUCGACUGCACUUUCAUCUCAUCUGAAAGCAUUAAAAAUUCGCCAGAAAAAUUUUCCAUCAAAUCAUCCUGAUUUGGCUAAUUCUUAUGAACAUGUUGGCUUGAUGUAUGGUCAAAUGGGUAAUUAUACAGCUGCACUUUUGUCUCAUGAAAAAGCAUUGGAAAUAUAUGAAAAAAUUCAUUCUUCAAAUCAUCCUGAUUUAGCCAUUUGUUACAAUAAUAUAGGUUUGGUUUAUGAUCAGAUGGGUAACUAUUCGGAUGCACUUUCAGCGCAUCAAAAAGCUUUGGAAAUCUAUGCAAGAAGUCUUCCUUCAAAUCAUCCUCAUUUGGCUACUUCCUACAAUAAUAUUGGUUUAGUAUACAACAAAAUGGGUGACUUUUCUAAAGCAUUUGUAGCUCAUGGCAAAGCAUUGGAAAUUCGCAAAAGUACUCUCCAUUCAAAACAUCCAGAUUUAGCCACUUCUUUUAACAACAUCGGUAUGCUACAUGCUAGAAAAGGGGAAUUGUACAAAGCUCUGCAGUUGUAUCAACGUGCUUUUGAGAUUGCACAAUCGUCGCUACCUCCAAAUCAUCACGAUACUCAGCUAUAUCAAAAGAACAUUGACUUGAUGAAAAAAAAGUUAUAA